AAUCUUCCACAAUCGCCUCCUUUCUCCAAACCAAACAAACCACUCGCUCACUCAAAGCACUCCACAACUCCACUGACUGACGCUUUCUUCCUGUUCACGAUGGAUGAGGUGGACAAGAUCAUCCUGCUCACGCUGCGGCAGCUGGGCACGGACGUGGAAGAGGAUGUCGCUUCACUCGCAGACUUGCCCACAAAGGCGUUUGUGGAAGGCGCGGCACGCUGCAUCAACACCAUCAACGGCAACGAUGAGAUGCCGCUGUCUUUGCCAGGAAGCAUGGCUGCUCGCUUCCGUGUCGGCACCACGCUGGCAACUGCCUGCCAGGACCUGGGAUAUGGCUCAAACAUUGGGUACAACACGUUCCUGUACUCAAACGAGGACGACUGCAGACAACUUCUCAUGUGGCUGAUUGAGCGUCUUCCAAAGGAAACCACCUCCACGACAGGCGCCGAAACCCUUGGACAAGAGGCGAUGCUGCAGCGGGCAAUCACUGCUGAGAUUGACAAGCAGCUGUCGUGCCCAUGGAUCCCGCCCGCCUUCCACCGCGAUGGCCUCUGCUGGUCAAACAACCGCACCGCCUGGCACCUCAUCAGUCGACGCGGCGUGCGAUCGUUUCGCUCCACCACCCUCUUCACAUCAGAGAUGGACGCCGCUAACACCGCCCGCGCCGCGUACGAGACGACGAACCAGCAGACAAUACCGCAGCAGCGGAGCGUCGCCACAUCCUCCCUUGCCUCGAUUCUGGCGCGCAAUUCGCGUCUGCUUGCGAGCGAGCGGGCGCGAGAGGAAGAACUGACGGCCGCAGGCAGAGACCCCGCACUGCCAAACGAGGAUUUCGUCCGGCAGAAGCGCACCACCACGCGUCGCACCAUCAGCGCCAAAGUGAAGGCGGCGCUUUUCAAUGACGCCAAACAGGAGGUGGACAUGGCCAAGUUCCUCGCCAAAUUCUCCGGCAUUGAACUGGGCAAGAUGUCCAUGUUCCGUGCAAAGCACAAGCUGCAAUUUGCAAAGGAGGACGAAGCGGCGGUGGCGGCGACAAAGACGGUGACAGAUGAGGAACUCAAGCAGCAGCGGGAGGACGAAUUGUCCGCUUUGCAGGGCGAAGUGGAGGACUUGGAGUCGUCCUUGCAGGCCAUGCGCGACAAUCUUGCAUCACUGCAGUCCACAGCGGAGGCGCUGGCCGAGCAAACAGCACGCAUGCAGGAGGAGAACGAGGCACUCACAAAGGAGCAGAAAGUUCGCAAGAGGGUGCUUGAUCUUCUGCCGAAUGCGGAGGAGAACAUGCAGCUGCUCAAGGACAAGAUUGACGAGGUGGCAGCCAAGUUGGCGGCGCUGGCGGAGCGAUGGGAGGAGCACCGCGUCGCUCUCAUCAAGGAGUACAGAGACCUCAAGGUUGCUGCCGCGAACAAGAACUCUGAGGCGCGGAAGCAAGCGGAGAGCAUCCAGGAGUUGCGCUCGCAGGCCAAACAGAUUAUUGCCGACGCAAAGCAGAAGGAACAGCUCUUCCAGCAGCUUGUGCAGGACUACGAACGCAUGAACAAGGAUAUUCUUCGCUCCUCGUACACGUCGCGCAUCCUCGAGAUUGUCAAGUCCAUCGAUAAGCAGAAGCGCGAAAUCCAAAAGAUUUUGGUUGAGACGCGCGGGCUGCAGAAGGACCUUGGUCUUCUGGAGGGCAAAAUCGAGCGCACAUUCACCGUCGCAGAGGAAGAGAUCUUCAAGGAGUCGAAAGCAAACCCUGCAGCGCGCCUGGCGUACAAGCAUCUUGCCAACCUGCACGCGGAGUGCGGGCGGCUGAUUGACGUCGUCAAGUCAACCGGCACCGUUGCGCGCGAGAUUCGCGAUCUCGAGGACCAGAUUGAGGUGGAGCAACGGAAGGACACCCAGAAGAACCUCGAUCGCAUUUCCGCCGAUCUCAAAGCGCUCAAGACGGAGAACAAGCAGUUGGCCGAGCAACUCCGCAAAAAGUGAUGCGCUGUGCUUGUGCGCUAAGGGGCCGUUGCUUUGUUACAUGAUGACACAACGUGUGUGCGUGUGUGUGUCCCUCUGUGUAUGUGUGUGUGUGUGCUUCUGUGUGCAUGUGUGUCUUCUUUCUGUCUGUCUGUCUGUGUGUGUGUAUGUGUGCUUCGCGGCAGUUCUGUGAGCGGUGUUUGUUUUGGUUGUCCCUCUUCCUGCUUGAUUUGCACUCGCUUCUUCAUUUGUCCGUGGUGAACACAUCUUGUUAUCGUUAGGAGCACUCACUACUUGGGUUCGAGUAACAAAACCAGCAAAGCUUGGUCCCAGCAAUGAAAAAUCAGAUCAAC